GAUCGAUCGUCAGCGUAUUUUUGUUGUCGAGUGCUCAUUUCGCUAGAAGGUGCAAUUACUGCCAAUUUGCCCUACUGACAAGAACCAAGACGUAUUCAUGACGAGAAUGGAUGAUGAAGAUAUCGUGAUCUCAGGAUAUCUGCGGAAAUCGCCUCCAGAAAACAAAUUUAAAGUCAGCUCGGUAAGCGAUUAUGUAAAAUGCCGUGUAAUUAUUUAAUACCUUGAUUUUGUAAGUUUAAAUUCGAGUGCAUUUGGUCGUUAUCAAGAUAUGAAGCCUGUGAGGUUCAUCCAUACUUAUUUUAUAUGCUAAGUGCUUCAUCAAUACCCAGUUUCCGUUCCUAGCCUGAGACGGUUUUGAACAAUUGUUUAAUCAGGGACUUCGUUGUAGCGUACGCUGGUUGACUGAUCUUUGGUCGAUCGGGGCUUCUAUCAAUGAAGCGAGCUGAUCGAAAGAUUCUAUCCGGCAUGCUAACCCUACCAUGUUUGAAGUGUUUCCGAUUUUAACUCCCUUAUAAUGAUUCGGGGUUUUGCAAGGUAUAGAUUACGAACAACAGACUAUGAUAAACAAUUAAGAUGUUAGUGGCAUUGCUUAAUCUACAAGGUGUUCAUGGUUGCUAAGACUUCCGUAGGCCAUCAGUUUAAUUAGGGAAUCCUUUCGAACGACAAAUGAUCUCACCGGUUUUUCCCGUUGCAACAAAGGGAAUACUGAAAGUCUUAAGCAACCCUUCUGUCCAUACUGGAAUUAUUCCUUUUUCGCUAUGAAUAUUACUCCGACAAUUCUCAUCUCUCGGAACGCAGAAGUGUUCAUUAAUGCAAACGUUUGUCAUAUGAUUAGUCAAUGAAGAUAUAUUUACUACCGAGUGUUGUGUUUGUAAAGGGGAUUAAUCUGUAAAUGAGAGCAAAGUUUCUCUAAAGCAUGCGAGUUUCAACUUGUUAGCCUGCGGGCUUUUGCAAUAGUGGGUUUAUUGAAAACACAUCACAUAAAUUUGCAAUACGAGAUACGAAAAGGUCUAUUACCCUAGCAAUAUCAGAAGUCAAAAUAAUUUCGUCCUUGCUGUUAGAGAACUUUGCAAAUUUUAACCGUGGUAAACUGUGUUUGCUUACUAUGUCUCUAAUACGUUUUCUGAAAAAUUCAGCUUUUAAUUUCUAUAUCUUGUCAUUGUGGAAAGUUGUUGCUAACAUGUUUACUAAAGAAAUUUAAAUAUAGAACUUCCUAAUUAGUAUUAAUAGUUAAGCCUAAAAAUGUCGUAAAUUGUUAACACAGAGGAAUAAGGAAGGAGGAAGGCAUUUCUUAGAAAACUACUAUUUCAUUUUCUGAGGUGGACUUAUGCUGUAUAUGGUGUUAUUUUUCAGAGACAUAUUUCAUUGCAGCUAAAAUUUGUAAGUUACUGUGUAAACUUGAUAACUUUCUUGUUAGCUAAAAAUUCACAUAAAUUUGCCUGGAGGGUUUGAUAAAUACUUAAUGUUUAAGUUGAUUCCUACUAAGUUUUGAGUUUGAAACAUUCCUAGCUCAGUUUUCAAGGAACUAGUGUUAAUUUUGUAUAUUGUUUCCUUCCAAAUUCUUUUUGUCAUUAUAUAAAAUUAAUAAUUGUUGAUUUAAGCUCCAGGAAAUAAUUUGGUCAGUAUUGCACGUCAUGUAGACAAGCAUUUCCUUGAUAUGUAAUUUGCAUGCACUUAAUAUAACGUACGUGUAGUUGGUUUCAGUGACUCAUCAAUAUUUGCUGUUGGCUGUUUUUUGUCACAUCUGGUCUGAAAUUAAAAAAAAAAACAUCUAAAAACAUCUUUCCUUAAUUGGUUCUUUUCUCUUGGAAUAAAGGCCCUCUCAAGUUGCAUUAGCAUUAAUGUAAAUUAUGGCUUGCUCUGUUUUGUUUUUCUGAAUUAUUUGCAUUUUUUGGCACCUGUGAGAAGUUAUUUAUAGUAAACUUUUGAUUUCAAUAUCACAUCUUAGAAAUGAAUAACAAGGUAGUUUGACAAUUAUCUAAUUUAAGGUUAUUAAGUUUUUGUUGUGCUUGGUGAAACAUAACAAUCUGUCAUGAUUGAAUGUAUUACAGACAAAAUUAACUCUAAUUGGAUCAUGUUUUUUGCUUGGUUCUAACGUUGUUUUUAUGUCUUUUGUAGUGGCAGAAACGCUUCUUUGUUUUGCACAGAAAUCAAAAACUUCAGUAUUAUAAGAGUGACAAAGACAAAAGGCCAAUAAAAGAUGCGCUUAACUUGGGGAAUUGCAAGUCUGUUGAGUCACAUUUAACAAACUCAAAAUUCAAGAAUGUGUUCAGUAUUGCCAUGGAGACAAGAACAUACUAUCUUGUGGCAGACUCGGAAUUGGAAAUGGUAAACUGGGUGGAUAAAAUCUGCGAUGUUUGUGGAUUUUCAAGGACAGAUACUAAAAAUCAAGGUUAGAUAUUUUGAGUAGGAAAUAAUGAUGUUAGACUGACAGUAAGUGCCAUGCUGUUGUGAAAUUUUUGGUAUGUUUUUUCCAUGAUUUACUAUUUUUAUAUAUUUUUUUGUGAUUGAAUGUCCUCGCAUUGAGUCCAAAAUGAAAUGAACAGAAUCAGAACAAGGAUAAUGAAAGCAGUUUAAAAGAAUUACAACAUCGUUCCAAAAGCUUCACUUUUGAGUGCAUUUUUUUCCCCUUUUUGUGAAUAAAAAAAGUUGGCUUGUAAAAUUAGUGACCUCUAACUUAUUUGCAUUUUUCUUCCUUUUAGAUGCAAGCUCCCCUCAGAGAACAAACACACAUCUGCCAUCUCCCGUACAUUCACGUCCGAUUGUUGCUGCUAGACCUAGGCCAACAAGUCCUGUUGGAUCUCCUUCUGGCAAUUUAUCACCCUUAUCUCCAACAGGUCCUUGUCCACUUUCCAUUCCCAAACACAUAAUGGAUGAAAGAAACAAAACCAGGUCAAUAAGUGAUCCUCCAGACCCUUCUACAAUCCCUCAAGUUUACCGUGAUAAACAGAGGAGGCAGUCAGAACAAAUUGGAAGCCUUACAUGUCCCAUGAAUGUACAUAGUGGACGGCACUCCCCUUCUGGUGUAUCACCAAGGCAUAACAUGGCCACGACUUGGGGUCCAUCUGAAACUUAUGAUGUGGUACCUUCUCCAAGAAGUGUAUCUCAAGAGCCAUAUGACACUUUACCUAGUCCCCAGAGAGUUCCGGAAAUAGAUGAUAAUUAUGAUGAUGUACCCAUUCCUCGACCAAUCAACUCCUCUGCUCAUCCUUCUUCACCAAGAGUGAAACCAAAUGCUUGCCUUUUGUCUCCUACACAAGAUGGCUAUGAUGCUGUACCUCUUCCACGUCCAGUCUCUCAGGCUAGUAACAGAUCAUCACAGGAUGUGUAUGACAUGGUGCCUCCUCCAAGGCCAACAUCUUCUUGUAGUGAGACACAGGAGGACCAGGGGCUGUAUGAUGUACCUCCUACACUGAAGUCACCUGAGAGAGAAAACUACGAUUUUGUUCCACCUCCCAGGCGAGCAUCUGCUGUAGAUGAGCAAGACGGCCAAAGUUUUUAUGACAUUCCUCCUCUCACCAAGAUGUAUGAACAGGAAAACUAUGAUGUUGUUCCUAUUCCAAAGCCAAUAGGAAAAAAGAAUGCACAUGUUAGCCAGGGUCUCUAUAGAGCACAAGAAAGUGAAAAUUACGACAUUGUUCCUCAACCAAGACCAGUAUCUUCAGGAAGUGACCUGCAAGAUGGCCAAGAAAUCUAUGAUGUUCCACCUUGUGGAAGACUAUCGGAACAGAGUGAUUAUGACACCCCACCACCUGUAUACAGACCCAGACAUUCCCAGCAGGAUGCAUCAAAGGAAAAUUAUGAUGUUGUACCAUUACCGCGCCCUACAUCACAAGAUGUAUAUGAUGUUGUUCCCCCAGCAAGACCAGCUCGUGUUACAAGCUUGCCAAUGGAUAAAAACAAUCAGGACCCCCGUUUUUCAGACAGUUAUUGCCCCCAGACUGAUGAAGAUUCUUCUGAUGUUUACAACUGGGUACCACCUCCAAUACCAUCCCCACAUCAGUCUCAAAAUGAUUAUGACACGUUACCAAAAACUAACCGUCCUGUCAGUGCAGAUUCUGGGCUGAAUGCCUCAUUUUCAAGCAUUAGUUCCUUGAAAUUUGAGAACCAGGAUGAAAAGUAUGAUGCACCUUUACCUCCAGUUCCAAAAGACAGAGACUCUGGGUCUCUAAGUGAUGAGACUCCCGAUUAUGACCUUAAUUCUGAGGAUAUUUAUGACAGGCCACCAAAUUUAGCAUCUAGAGACUCCAAUUAUGAUGUUCCUCCAAGGCAAGAAGCUACCUAUGAUGUGUUACCCACACAUCCAACUGAGUUGUAUGAUGUCCCUCCAACAUACACUGAUGAUAUUUACGAUGUGCCUCCACCAGCAAUCCCCAAUCAAGGUAUGCAGGUUAUCUAUUAUUGACUCUUUGACUCCCAGAAGUACUGUCCAGUAGUUAGCACUUAACUUCUCCCAAUAUGUCCAUACAUAAUCCAGCAAACAUACAAUAAGAAGACUCGGACUUAUCAGGAAGAAGUUGUUAUCUUGACCAGUAACAAGAAAUUCUCACAACUACUUAGCAAGGAAAUUUGUAGCAGCUAGAGAGGAGAAUUAAUUAUCAGAUCCUGGAAGUGAACCUUUUACAGCCUAACAUCAGUAUGGAUAAUCUCUACACUGUUAUUUAUAAAUUUCGUGAGGUGUUUAUAGGGAGAACUUGUUUAACAAUCAAGAGCUUGUUUUGUUGGUGAUCAUUUCCUCUAUUCUCCUGGUCUUUACUGAAGGAUUCAGCAGUAUUAUUGUAAGGAGAAAAUAGAUGCUGGUCACUUUUAGGGUUUAAAGGGUUAAAAGGUUUAGAGAUUUGUUUUGUUUCUUUUGUGGUAAGAGCAAUCCAUUCACCUAUCACCAGCCAGUUGUAAAAAAGAAAACAUUUAAGGUUAUUUUAACUUCUGGUGCAUGUCAGUAGGUUAAUCACUUGGACAGACAGCAUGAAAAAGUACAGUUCAACAGGCUUUGACAGUUAGUCAGUCCAUGUCAGAACACUCCUCCCCUUUGUAUAGGAAAGAGUUGGUAAUUCACCUGGUAACCUUGUGGUGCUUUCACUUAAGAAAAAAAUCCAUGUAGCAAAAUCAUGUCAAAUCAUUUUCUAGAACAUGAGUGUAAAGAUGUUAAGAUCAGAGAAAGUAUAGAAUAAAAAGAUUGGUCUAUACCUGGCUUAAUUUAAUGACAACAUGUACAUCAAUUAGCUUUUACCAUCUACUUAAUUUUUAAAUUGGAGUGUAUGGAUUUUUGAAAAGUGAAAAUUUUUUGGCUGUCUUGACAAUUUUGUUGCACUUCUACUUGUGUAUUGGAUGGGAACUGGGAACAAACUUGUAAAUGAACAUUGAAAGGUAAAUGAUGUAUUAUAGGAGGGAAGUUUUCUAUUCUUGAAUUAGACUUUCUUUGGCUGUUUCAUUGAAAGAAAAAUGUGUUAUUGGGGGUAUACACUAUACCUUAAUGCAGCAAAAAAUUCCACUUUGAUUAAUAUUUGAUUUUAAAAGUUUUAUGUCAUUUGGUGAAUUCAGGUGGAAACACAGCAGCACCAACGGUUGAUCGCACGCUUAAAAGACCACCACAAGUCAACAGAGCUAUUAAGCCAAGGACUCAGGCAUCACAAGACCACAGUUACUGUAACAUGGCACCACCUGUUGAUAGACAAAGCAAGUACAAGAGAAACGCUAUGCCUAAGCCAGAGCAUAGUUACAUAAACUAUCAAUCGCAACCACGUCCUCAGAAUCUGCCCCUUGUGAGGAUUUUAAAUAACAACCCAUCCGUUGGGUCCUUGCCGAGCCAGCGGAACAUGCGGCAAUCUGGGGGUGCAGUUGACGAUUUAGAAUAUUGUGAAAUGACGCCCACAAGAUCACAGUGGACAAGAUGCUAUAGUCUUGAUAAAGAUGGAUCAUACAAGCCACUUGGUAAUGAUCAAUUUUAUGAGGACAUGUCAGCAAUGCAGAGCAGGAGGCUCUCUGGUGCAAAGAGCAGCUCCUCCUCAUCAUCCUCUCUGGCUGAGAAUGAUGAUGUUUACACCACCAUGACUCCUGGCCAUGCCUCUUCACCAAUGCCAGUAAGUGGUGAUUGUUGUAUCAAGUCAAAUACCAAUGCAGUAAAUUUGCAGCAUACUAAAUUAUGUGAGCAGAUCCCAUUUUAAACAAAGGUUUAACAGAAGCUGUUUUUCAGGCUUCCAUUCUUUUACCUGGGAAGGAAAAGGGGUAGGGGACUGGGUCUAUGUUGAUGUUGAGGAUGACCUCUUGGAUGUCACAUAUUAGAGGCUUAUAUUGUACAUUUGUACCCCUUAACUUCUGCUUACCACCAAUUAUAUUUAGAUGGAACAGAGGAAAAGAAAAGAUCUUCUGUAUGCAGAGGUAGAGAUUGUGGACAGUCCUCAGCACAAGCCUCAGGCUGCUGCGGUAAUCAAGAAAUCUAAUAACACCCACUAUACCUACAUAAAUGAGGAAUCUACCAGAGCUCUUCUGCAAACCUCUAAUGCGCGAAGAGGGAAUCGCUGAGUGGGUGAAUACAAUUGAUCAAAAAACAAACAUUGCAAUAUUUAACAAUAAAUGAUUUCUCCCUUUUUUGGAUAAUGAAGGGGUUCUGUUAUGACAUAGAGAAAAAAAGAGAGAAAAAAUUAAAGAAAAUCAUAUUGAGGAUUAUGCAGCUUGUCAUUUUGGUUUGUUUCAAACACUCACAAAUAUUUUUUUUUUAGAGAAAUAUGGCAUGAUGUUAGUUCAUCUAUUUAAAGUUGAAAUUGUAUGAAUGCAAUAAACUCUUUUUUUUUUUUUAAGAAGACUCAAAUGUACAGUAUGCAAGGUGUAGUGAUUCCAGUGAUAUCAUGAUACAUCAUGAUUCCUAACAAAGUAACUAGUAGAGGUUUUUUUUUUAUUUUUAGCCUUAUAUUUGAUUUUGAAUACAGAAUUUAAAAAUUUUAUUUGUCAGUGACAAUUUACUUACCUGCACAAUGUAUAUAUCAUUUUGUACAGGUAAAUUGUUUAAUCAACAAAUGUAUAGUAGAUGGUAUCAAUAUGACAAAUUAAUUUACUUAGACAUCUAAGUAUACAAAUAUUUUCCUCUUUUAUCAAUAAAUUUAUAAUGCACAAAGAAGGAGUGAAUUUGGAACCUGAUAAUUGUGAUUCUUUGCAAAUAAAACUUAAAAAACAUUUUUAAAGUGAAAUUGCAUUGCCACCCUCUGAUUUUAAUUUUUUUUAGUAGAGUAUUGUCCGUGCAUGAUAUUUUUACAUAGUUGUAAAGCAUGAUGCAAUUUAAAGUAGAGUGAUUUUGAAAGUAAUAGAACUUAAAAUGUUCUGUUUCACUCUUGAACUGCAUCACAAGAAUACUGCAAUGUUGUGGUACAUUGUUAAGGUGUUUGGGAGCAGUUGUAAUUUUUCUAAUCUAGAAAUUAGAGAAUAGUUGACAACUGACAAGGCCAAAGGCUCAAGUAAACUGUAAAUUUUUUUAAAUUUAGUUUCUCUGGGUCAGCUUAAAGAUGCCAAGUACUGCAGUUACUAAGAAUGCAUGUGAGCAUUGAAGUAUUAGUCAGAAUGUGGGCAUUGUUUUAUGACCUUUGUUACCAUAAUUUUUUGAGAUAAUUGAUGCAUACAAUAGUUGCUGUAAAUGUAAAUAAUUGCUGCAUCAUUUUUAAUUAGUUCUGUUUUGUAGAGAAGUAACACGUAAAUUAAUCAUUACUGGUGCUGAUAGUGGAAUAGGAGUCGCUAUCUAAAAAUGUUACCUAGCAGUGAUUAAAUCUCCUUACUUUUCGAGGCUUAGCGCGCUGAAAUUGGUUAUGGUACUGUUCUUAUUAAAUUUAGUAACUAGAUAAAUAACUAAGCGUAUCUUAAAUUUGUAGAUGAAAUCCUAAUUGUUAUUGAGUAUCUGCUAAAUGGUUUUGUACAUUUUUAUUGAAUUUCCUUAUAGUGUGGUUAAUAGAAAUACCAAUUUUUAAGCUUACAGUUAUUGGUGAUCAUGGUAGGCUGCAAUAAUUUGAUAGCUACUUAAGUCUUUUGAUGAUGGCUACAACUUCAAAUAAAAGGGGAAAUGUCUGUUAUAUGCUAGAGUUUUUAAACAAAAUUUGGAAGUGUCCAUCAUGAAGUUUGAAUAAUAAAUGUAUUAUUAUAUAGUCAUCAUAAUAUUAUAUAUUUUUAUGUGAGCAAAAUUAAAUGACUAUUUACCUAACUGGUUCCCUUUGAAAUGGUCUUUUUAGUUAAUGUUUUUGUACAAAGUUUUGUAAAUUUAUUUUUUAUAGUAAAAGUUUGUGUUAGAGAGCUGCUGUGAUGUUGAUGAAACAUAAUAAAGAGGAAC